AUGUUCUCAAUUAUUGCUGGACUUCUUGCCUUCAUUUCUCACUUUCAACUCAUUCAAGCUCAAGAUGUUCUCGAAGCAAAACCUGGUUCUUCACUCUUUCAACAAUUUCGACCAGUUUACCAUUUACUUGCUCGUGAAAAAUGGAUGAAUGAUCCAUGUGCACCAUAUUACGAUGAAUUGACUGGUUUGUAUCACAUUUUCUAUCAAUUGAAUCCAAGAUCUACAAUAUGGGGAAAUAUGACAUGGGGUCAUGCUGUUUCAAAGAAUCAAGUGACAUGGAAAGAUGCUCCAAAUGCAUUGUAUCCAUUUGAAGACAAAUGGGAUCAUCUUGGCAUCUUUUCGGGUUUUGCUAUGACAAAUGCAAUUGAUAAUAAAAACACUGUCUUUUAUACUGGAGUGACUGCUCUUCCGAUUAAUUGGAGACUCAAGUAUCUUUUUGGUGAGCAUGUUAUGUAUGCGACUACUGAAGAUGGUGGUAAAACAUGGGAAAAAGGUAGUGAACCAUUGAUUGAAUUACCACCUGAAGGUCUUGAAGUGACUGGUUGGCGUGAUCCAAUGCCAUUUCAUUCGCAAUCUUUGGAUUCACAUUUUAAUUAUAAUGCUUCAGAAGGAAGUAAUUAUCUUCUUUUAGCUGGUGGUGUUGUUAAUGUUGGUCCUCGUGUCUUUCUUUAUCAUGCUCAAGAUUAUGUGAAUUGGGAGUAUAAAGGUUUUCUUCUCGCCCCAGAAAAAGAUACAAAGUUUUCAUUAUAUAGUGAAAGUUGGGGAUUUAACUUUGAGACGACGAUUUAUCGAGAAAUGAUUGAUGAAGAUGGUCAAGUUCAUAAUGUCAUGUUUUUUGGUGUAGAAGGUGAACCAGAUCGAUAUUCAAUGUGGGCAACAGGUUUGUUCUCGAGCUAUAACGUGGAUCAGGAAUCUGAAGUUGAUCUUGGUCUCUUUACUCCACUUAUGCUUCCUCUGUGCAAGGUGCCGUGUGACACGUCGCAUACACCAUGCGGAGCAAAGAGCGAGAAAUGUUUCGAAAGUACAACGAUACUUACCAUUCAUAAGUGA